AUGGAUGAGUCGGAGGAAGGGAGGGCCCAGCAGCUGGGCCACCAGGAUGAGGAACACCUGAUAACCAGCGGCACCAUAUACUCCAUGAAAGGCUUCAGAUUCCAACCACCCUAUGUCCUCAAGAGGGCUACAGAGCACCUGUGCCAUGGCCAUGUUCCCUUCAUCCUGCAGCUGUUCUGCCUCACACUUUCUGCUAUUAUCCUUCUGGCUGUCCUUGUCAAAGUCUCCAGUAUUGCCAACUCCCGGGGACAAGAGCAAGAAAAGAAGGAGAAGAUAUACCAUGAGAUGAGCCAACUGAAGCCUCAAAUAAACCGCCUGUGCCGCCCCUGCCCCUGGGACUGGACAUUCUUCCAAGGAAACUGUUACUUCUUCUCCAAGUACCAACAGAACUGGCACGAGUCUGUCACCGCCUGCAAUGAAGUGGGGGCCCAACUAGUUGUCAUCAAAAGUGAUGAUGAGCAGAGCUUCCUGCAGCAGACUUCUAAAGAGAAAGGCUAUGCCUGGAUGGGGCUGUCAGACCUGAAGCGUGAAGGCGAGUGGCACUGGGUAGAUGGCUCACAUCUGCUGUUCAGUUUCAUGAAAUAUUGGAACAAAGGAGAGCCCAACAAUGAAGGGGAAGAAGACUGUGCAGAAUUUAGAGAUGAUGGCUGGAAUGAUGUCCCAUGUACAGUUAACAAAUACUGGAUCUGCAAGAAGUCUGCUAUGUCCUGCACCAAAAAAUGA